AUGGGUUUGACCUGGCCAUGGACUGGCCCUGUAGUUCCUGCAACUCUUUUUCCAUACUUGGUUGGUAUAGUGGUCCAAUUCAAAUAUGAGCAGAUUGCAAGAUAUUGGAAGUCACCAUCAUGGGUUGCUAUUCCUUUUAUCUUUCAUGUUGGCAAUGGUUUAUCAAAAGAUUACAAAGCUCAGAAAGUUUGGUCUCUAAUUUUUAUUUUUUUCCCAACCUUCCUUUUCUCUACGAGCAUUUUCCGCUUUGGCCGAAGAAUUUGUGAAGGGUUGUGUUCAUGCAACGGUUUGAUAUGGUAUGCAGCAGAAGAUAGAUGUGGAGUGGUUGUUAAAGAAGCAAAUCGGAGUGGAAAUAUAGCAGGAACAUGCCCAUUGAAGGACAACGACAUUCUUUUGACAGCAAGAGCUUUGGAUGAUUCCAAUGAAGUAAGAAACACAAUUGCUGUUGUGAAUGAGUUGUCCAAGGAAAUGAGACAAAUUUUGCUUUCUCAUCCUGCGAAUCCUAAAUGUGCUCCAGGAGGAAAGAACAUAGCAAGUGUAGUCCUUUUAGGAGACUCUGGCAUUUGAAUAAAGGCUUGUUCUUUCAUUUUAUUUGAUAAUUGAUACAUUAUCUUUCAAGCACUGACUUGAUCCACAAAGAAAAAAACUAACUUUGAUGCUUCGUAACCCAUUUAUGUAUUAUGCUACUUCAAAGGAGUACACAUUCAACAUGUAG